AAAUAAAAUAUGUAGUCUGACCUGUGUUUCACAGGUUAUUGUGCUUCCAAUAACUUGGUAGGCCGAAGCAUAAUUUGAAGGUCUCAAGAGAUGGCUAAACCACCAAGUUGCCUCUUGAAGUUGAAAGUUGGGAUGACUGAAGAAGCUAGAUUAAAAAAAGAAAGAAAAAAAAGAAAGCUCAUCCUUCAGUUCCAAGGCUAAAAUUUGGUGUUGGAGUUUGUUUCCACUAAUUCUUUCUUUCAGAUAUAUCACUACCACAUUGCCUGACAAGUUUUUGCAACUGCAAAGGUGUCAGAUAAAUGAGAACUCUAUUUCUGGAAUAAUCUUUGGUGGCUGGAAAGUUACUCUCAAACACUGUAUAAGCAAGCUUUCAUACUUUUUACUCCAUAGAUAGGAUCUAAAGAUGCUGCAAGUGGAUGGUGACUUUGAGGGCUUUAAUUCAAACUUUGUUUUCUUAAUUUAUUCACUCAUGUUCCCCUGACCUAUUCCACAUCUUUCAAGGAGUUCUUACUUGAGAAUAUAUAACGUAUUUUAACUAAUUCUCAGCAGCUGAGAAUCUUGACUGGUUAAAUUUCAACUGCCGUUUCUUGUUUGUGGAAAUCGAUGCUGAAUCAGCAAGACGACCCUGCAUGGAGAUGUGGGAUUGAAUGGCUCCGGUGGCUAGCGGUCCGAGAAAUUUGAGCACCUUAUUUUUCCCCCACUCAGAUCUAAGCCAGGAGUCUUUCACUUGUUAACUGAAGAGCGCUACUGCUCUGCUCCGUCCCUGGACAGAUCCAGAGUGCGUGCUCAGUGAGGAAGGUAGCCUUUGGUAAAAGGAGCAUUGGAACACUGAACUACAAUAUAUAUGUAAAAGGGCUAUAACUGAAGCACAAGAUGGCAAGAACCAGCCACAGCAACUAUGUCCUUCAGCAGCUAAACAACCAAAGAGAGUGGGGCUUUCUCUGUGACUGCUGUAUUGCUAUUGAUGAUAUUUAUUUUCAAGCACAUAAAGCAGUCCUUGCUGCCUGCAGCUCUUACUUUAGGAUGUUUUUUAUGAACCAUCAACACACUACAGCCCAGCUGAAUCUAAGCAACAUGAAGAUUAGUGCCGAAUGUUUUGAUCUCAUUUUACAGUUCAUGUAUUUAGGAAAAAUUAUGACAGCCCCUGCCAAUUUUGAGCAAUUUAAAGUGGCCAUGAACUAUUUACAGCUGUAUAAUGUACCCGAAUGUCUAGAAGAUAUACAGGAUACAGACUCGUCUAGUUUAAAAUGUUCAUCUUCUGCUUCUAGCACGCAGAAUAGUAAAAUGAUAUUUGGCGUAAGAAUGUAUGAAGACACGGUCGCUAGAAAUGGCAGUGAAGUAAACAGGUGGGGCAUGGAGCCGCCAAGUUCAACAGUAAAUACGUCCCAUAACAAAGAACCUGAUGAAGAAGCUUUGCAGCUAGGCAGUUUCCCUGAACUAUUUGAUGUCUGCAAAAAAAGCACCACGUCUAAAUUCUCUCACACAAAAGAUCGCGUGUCCCAUUCACGCCGUUUUGGAAGAAGCUUCACCUGUGACAGCUGCGGGUUUAGUUUUAGCUGUGAAAAGUUACUGGAUGAGCACGUGUUAACAUGCACUAACAGGCAUUCUUACCAAAGUGCCAGGUACUAUGGUGCUGACAAAAUUGACUUUAACGAAAAAGACUCUUCUUCUAAAAUACUCUCUGGACAAACAGAAAAAUAUAAGGGGGACACAAGCCAAGCUGCUGAUGAUUCUUCAUCUCCUGUGUCAAACAUUACAAGCAGAAAAAGCAGCACAGUUGCAUCAGAGACAUCAGGUGAAGAAGGAAGUAGGGCCUCUGAGAGGAAGAGGAUUAUUAUCAAGAUGGAACCAGAGGACAAUCCUGCAGAUGAGCUGAAAGAUUUUAAUAUUAUUAAAGUGACAGAUAAAGACUGCAAUGAGUCUUCUGACAAUGAUGACCUUGAUGAUGAACAGGAAGAGCCGCUUUACAGAUACUAUGUUGAAGAAGAGAUCAGGGAAAAGAGAAAUGCUCGGAAGACUUUAAAACCCCGUUUAUCCAUGGAUGAGGAUGAAAGAAAGUGUUUAAAAAGUCCACGGCACCUUAGCAGGAAAGCUCCUUCAGUGCAGGAAGAUGUGGAGAAUGCUCCCUGUGAACUUUGUGGGCUAACAAUCACUGAGGAAGAUCUAUCCUCUCAUUAUUUAUCCAAACACAUAGAAAAUAUAUGUGCCUGUGGCAAGUGUGGUCAAAUACUGGUCAAAGGUAAACAGUUACAGGAUCACGCACAGACCUGCGGAGAACCCCAGGAUCUGACCAUGAAUGGUAUAAGAAAUUCUGAGGAAAAAAUGGACUUAGAAGAAAAUGCUGAGGAACAGUCAGAAAUAAGGGACAUGAUGUUUGCAGAGAUGCUAGAAGACUUCAGGGACGGUCAUUUCCAAAUGAACAGUCUUCAAAAAAAACAGUUAUAUAAGCAUUCUGCGUGUCCCUUCCGAUGUCCUAAUUGCGGUCAGCGUUUUGAAACUGAAAAUCUAGUGGUUGAACAUAUGUCAAACUGCCUAGAGCAAGAUCUGUUUAAGAAUUCCAUUAUGGAAGAGAAUGAAAGAGAUCACAGGCGUAAGCAUUUCUGCAAUCUUUGUGGGAAAGGAUUUUAUCAACGGUGUCACUUGCGGGAACACUAUACUGUUCAUACCAAGGAAAAACAGUUUGUUUGUCAGACAUGUGGGAAGCAGUUCUUAAGAGAACGCCAGUUGCGGCUCCACAAUGAUAUGCACAAAGGAAUGGCCAGGUAUGUCUGUUCCAUUUGUGAUCAAGGAAACUUCAGAAAACAUGACCAUGUACGGCAUAUGAUAUCUCACUUAUCAGCUGGAGAGACUAUAUGCCAGGUCUGCUUUCAGAUAUUCCCAAAUAAUGAGCAACUGGAGCAGCACAUGGAUGUUCAUCUGUAUACAUGUGGAGUAUGUGGAGCAAAAUUUAAUUUGAGAAAAGAUAUGAGAUCUCACUAUAAUGCCAAGCAUUUGAAAAGAACAUAAGCAUAAACAUACUGUUAAAGCAUUAAGUUGUCAGCAGAGAGAACACCAAAGCAAGGCAUACAGUAUAGUAGACAGAAAUUGAAAAAAAUUAUUGAAAAUAAGUCUCUUUUUUAUUAUUUUUUUUAAGACCCUCUUAAUCAUAGGUGUCUAUUUAGGCUCAUUAAGUAUAUAGCUUUGAAAAACAUCAUGUGUUUAAUUAUUACAUUUUCACUGUUUCCUAAUACCAGUUUCUGUUCUUAAUUUUAUUGUUUACUAAGUAGAUAUACAAAUCAUUAUUUUUAAACUGUAGAUUAAAAGCACAAUGUUACCCCUUCACUGACUGCUAUUAAACAGUUCUCCGAUCCAUGUCCAUAAGAUGAGUGCUUUAAUAUUUCCCUGUGUUGUUUCUUCAUGUGCAAAUUUUAGAUCACAGUGAUUAACAUGCAAGAGCAUAAUUGUUCAUAAUCCUCAAAUUAAUUUUGAAAAUUAGAAACAAUGCCAAGAAAUAAUCCUUUGCUCUCUGACUCUGCUGUAAGGGCAGUGCCAGCUGUCCCAUUCCUCUGCUUCUUGGCUUUGUGGAAAUUUGCAUCCCACUGUUCAGAGCACAUAGGCUCAGUUAAACCUUGCAGGCUUGGAUUGGUGUGCACGAAGGGAAAGGGAGUUAAUGACUGUCACGAUAACCAAGGAAUUUCCAGCUGACUGGUCAUUUUCCAGACUUGAAAUUCUGGCAGAACUGUAACGGGCACUUCUGCUGAACAACUGAUGUUGGCCUUUUGUUUUCUAUCUGUACCUGUGUGGGUAUAUAUAUAUAUAUAUAAUCUGCUUAUCGUAAUAUCCAAGGGAAGAGUGGUUAUGGUGGAUUGCUAGGAAUGCAGAAUUGUGAUUUGCGUUGAAGACUGCAUUUCUCAACCUAGCUGUAAAUGGGUGCCUUGCUGUUUUUGUUGGAAAGUUAAAAGUGGGAUGGGUGUGAAGAUAGUUCUGUUGCUUGGGGGGGAGGGGGAGGGAAAGGGAAAGGGGAGUGCGGCUCAUGUGAACCUUAGAUUUUUUGUUUCUUGUUUUCAUGAUACUUUCUGAAUGUUCUGUUUUUCAACAAGAAUAUAACGAGAAAAGACUGCAGAGUUUGCUUAAUAAAUGUAAAGACAUUUUAUGCCUUUUAAA